AUGCUAUUUGUAAUAUUCAUAAACGAUUUACCAGACGUUGUGCCAGAUUGUAUCUCUACAAGACUUUAUGCAGAUGACACCAAACUCUACAGGAACGUAUCAACUAUCGGUGACUGUGAGAAAUUACAAGACGCUUUAACAGAACUUAGUUCUUGGAGUUAUCAAAAUAACAUGAACUUUAAUGCGUCAAAGUGCAAAGUUCUGUCCAUAACACGCAAGGUCAAUCCAUUACAUUUUCAGUACCAUAUGGAUUCUACCAAGUUACUUCGAGUAAACGAAGAAAAAGAUCUCGGGGUGAUCAUUACCGAGAAUUUGUCAUAG